GAGAAAAGGUUGAAACAAAUGGCAUUUGAAAUGGUUAUUUGCAUAAAUAUGUGUACAACAACGGUUAAAGCUUUGAAAUUAACGAUUGCUAACAUUUUAUGUGUAAAUAUGUCAUAGUGAAACAAUUUGUUAGCCUCAAGAUUACCACAUAAAUUUUUUUAAAAAUUUUAAUUACCACAUAAAACACUCGAAACCUUAACAUUAUCACGUGAAAUUUUCAUUUUUCUUUGACUAAAUUUCAACUGUUCUAGAACUUGUGUAAAAUGAAGGAAAAAGAAAAAAUUUCCUUUCAACCAUCCACCAAAAAGAAUCCAUCAUCAAUACCCAUUCCUGUACGGUCAUCCUGACUCCUCUCCUUUGUCUCUCAUCAUUAAAAUUAGUGAGUACUGAGUAAACAAUAGCCAUGAACAAGAACUCCUCCAAGAAACAGGAAGAUCAUAACUACGAACAAGAAGAUGAAGAUCCCAUCGAUUCAACCAGGAAAUUCUUUGAAGGUCUGGGAAUCUCUCAAAACAUUUCCCAAAUCUCAAAAUCCCAUUACUUCUAUUCUGAGUUGAUUCAAAACCUUCUCAAAGUUGAUGCCAUUGCUCGCGGCCGCAUCACUUGCUCAUUUUCCGUCUUACCUUAUGUCGGCAAUUACUACGGAGGGUUUCAUGGUGCUGCAGUGGCGGCUGUUGCUGAACGCUUAGCCAUAGGAUGUGCUAGGACAAUGGUAACCGAGGAUAAGCAGUUGUUUCUCGGUGAGCUGAGCAUAUCUUACCUUUCAGCUACACCGAUUAAUGUUAAAAUGAUUGCGGAUGCAUCAGUGGUAAGGAGUGGCAGAAAUUUAACAGUAGUGUCGAUUGAAAUUCGAUCAAAAGAGACUAACAAGCUUUCCUAUACUGCUCAAGCUACCCUCUUUCACCUCCCAACACCAAAAUUAUGAUAUGGGUUUGUAAUUUCUUAUACAAAAAUCCUAUGGAUUUUUUUUUUAUGAAUCAAGAAGAGGCUUUAUUUUACUUGUAAUUUGUUUUCUCACUAAGAAAAAUCAUGUUAUGUAGUAGUUUCCCAUGAUAGAAAAAUGUAUGAAGGAGAAACUGUUUUCAUUAAUCAAUAAACUUUGUAAAGUUAUUUAUUUGUGAUGAAUGAUGAUGCAUUUCAAGCAAAA